GACGCUCGGUCCUCUGCAGCUCUGACUCACUCACGUCUCCUCUUCCCGUCCGACCGGAGCCGAUCUACGCCGCCCGGGGAACAUGUCCUCCAAUCUGCCCUCUGGCACCGCCGCCGGGGCCAAGGGCAAGCCCCUGUCCCCCUUCAGGAAGCGGGGAAGCCUGCAGUACACGGCCAGCGCAGUCGAGGUCCGCGGCGCUCGCCACCUCCUCACCUCCCAGCAUUCCCUGCCCGGGAUCCCAGUGGCCUUGAAGCAGUCCAUCGACCUGCGGACCUCCAUGGACGGGAAAUACAAGGAAAUCGCCGAGGAGCUGUUCUCUCGCAGCCUGGCGGACAGCGAGAUGCGCAGCGCCCCCUAUGAGUUCCCGGAGGACAGCCCCAUCGAGCAGCUGGAGGAGAGGCGCCAGCGCCUGGAGCGACAGAUCAGCCAGGACGUCAAGUUCGAGCCCGACAUCCUGCUGCGGGCCAAACAGGAGUUCAUGAAAACCGACAGCGCCACCGAUCUGGAAUACAUGAAGGAGCAGAGCCAAGCGCCUGACCUGCAGGAGAGAGAGCUGCUUCCGGAGAAGGAGUACCAGCGCGUCACCAUUUCAGGAGAGGAGAAAUGCGGGGUCCCAUUCACCGAUCUGCUGGAUGCUGCCAAGUGUGUGGUGAAAGCUCUGUUCAUCAGACAGAAGUACAUGGGCCUGUCGCUGCAGGGCUUCUGCCGGACCACCGCCAGGUACCUGCAGGAGCUGAGCGAGAGGCCGCUGGACCUGGAGGUCUACGAGGAGGAGAUCCCGGAGACCACCGGCACGGCAGACGCCACGGUGCACCCGCCCGCCUCCGAAACGCACCCCUACGAGAACCAGGAUCCCGCCGCCAUGCCCGCCGACACGGGCUACGGCUGCAAGAUGGUGGACGGCGUCAUGCACGUGUACACGUCGAGGAGCACGAUGGAAAAGAGCACGGAGCUGGACCUGCCGUACCCGGACCUGCAGGAGUACAUCGCCGACAUGAACGUCAUGAUGGCGCUCAUCAUCAACGGACCCGUGAAGUCGUUCUGCUACCGGCGGCUGCAGUACCUCAGCUCCAAGUUCCAGAUGCACAUCCUGCUGAACGAGAUGAAGGAGCUGGCGGCGCAGAAGAAAGUCCCGCACAGAGACUUUUAUAAUAUCCGUAAGGUGGACACACACAUCCACGCCUCAUCCUGCAUGAACCAGAAGCACCUCCUCCGCUUCAUCAAAAGAGCCAUGAAGAAAUAUCCCAAGGAGAUCGUGCACGUGGAGCGAGGGAAGGGCCAGACGCUCAUGGAGGUGUUCGAGAGCAUGAACCUGACGGCCUUCGACCUGAGCGUCGACACGCUGGACAUGCACGCAGAUCGCAACACUUUCCAUCGAUUUGACAAGUUCAAUGCCAAAUACAAUCCCAUCGGCGAGUCCAUCCUGCGGGAGAUCUUCAUCAAGACGGACAACUACGUGGAGGGGAAAUACUUCGGCCACAUUGUGAAGGAGGUGAUGUCCGACCUGGAGGAGAGCAAAUAUCAGAACGUGGAGCUGCGGCUGUCCAUCUACGGCCGCUCCAGGAACGAGUGGGACAAGCUGGCCAAGUGGGCCGUCAAGCACCAGGUGUACUCCGACAACGUGCGCUGGCUCGUCCAGGUGCCGCGACUCUUUGAUGUUUACCACACAAAAAAACAGCUGAGCAACUUCCAGGAGAUGCUGGAGAACAUCUUCAUGCCUCUGUUCGAGGUGACCGUGGCCCCGCGGAGCCACCCGGAGCUGCACCUCUUCCUCCAGCACGUGGUGGGCUUCGACAGCGUGGACGACGAAUCCAAGCCGGAGCAGCACAUCUUCAACCUGGACAGCCCGCUGCCCAGCAGCUGGACGGAGGAGGACAACCCGCCCUACUCCUACUACCUCUACUACAUGUAUGCAAACAUGACGGUGCUCAAUCACCUGCGCAGGCAGCGGGGCUUUCACACGCUCGUCCUCCGUCCUCACUGCGGCGAGGCCGGGCCCAUCCAUCACCUGGUGUCUGGUUUCAUGCUGUCAGAGAACAUAUCCCACGGGCUGCUGCUCAGGAAGGCUCCUGUGCUGCAGUAUCUGUACUAUCUGGCCCAGAUAGGCAUCGCUAUGUCCCCCCUCAGCAAUAACAGCCUGUUCCUCAGCUACCACCGCAACCCGCUGCCAGAGUACCUGUCCAGAGGCCUCAUGGUCUCCCUGUCCACAGACGACCCUCUGCAGUUCCACUUCACCAAGGAGCCGUUAAUGGAGGAGUACAGCAUUGCCGCUCAGGUGUGGAAGCUGAGCUCCUGCGACAUGUGCGAGCUCGCCAGGAACAGCGUGCUGAUGAGCGGAUUCUCCCACAAGGUGAAGAGCUACUGGCUCGGGCCGCACUACAUCAAGGAGGGGCAGGAGAGCAACGACAUCCGGCGCACCAACGUCCCGGACAUCCGCGUGGCGUACCGCUACGAGACCAUGUGCGAGGAGCUCAACCUGAUCACGCAGGCCAUCCGCACGGACGAGCUGGAGACCAUCGAGGAGGAGGGCAGCCUGUGCAUGGCCGCCGUGCAGGCGGGGAAGUGAGCGGCGCCGGGUCGCCACGUCGGGAUGCUCGUCGUCUGGCGAGGGAAACUCUGGGUUCCGGGAUGAUCAUGAGAAAAGCAUGACUGCAGCAAUAUGAGAGUCUGUCUGCCCCCCCUAAAAAAAAGCGUAUCCCCUUUAGUGUCUUCUGUGUCUUCGUAACGUCGCCGUCGUCUUUAAUCAGAAAAUUCUAUUUUCAUGAAUUUUGAUUUUUGUCGGGGUUUGUCAGAGUUUGUAAUUCCAGCAUUGAUGCUUAACUAGUGAAAAUUCAAACCUAGUAAAACCUACGAAAGACCGAGGAUCAGCAGCAGUGGUGAGACGCAUUUCUGAGAUUUGACCGCCCAGACUUCAUCUACAUGACAACUGAGAGACUGGCAAAGGAAUGAGGGAGAGGAAAACCUGACAGAAUGAGAAGAAAGAGGGAAUAAAGUGUUCCAGCUAACAUCCAUCCAUUCAGACACACACGACCACACACACAUCAUUCACACCGAGGGAAGAACAUGCAAACUCCACACAACAAGGGCCUGCCGGGAUAUGAAACCAUGACAAUUAUAUACAUUUGGUGACUCCACCGUGCCACUUCAUACCAACCAUGACGUCUGAAGUUAGGUGACAUGAAACUGAAUUAAUGCAAACGAUUUCAGUCUUUAAAUUCAUGAUCUUUAAAUUCAUGAUCAUUUCUCAUUAAGUUUAUUGUAAAAGAUACAUCCAGCAUGAGUUUGAAUAAACAAGUUGAUGUUUUCCAUAAGUUAAAAGUGUUAAUUUUUCAUCUAAGUUCACACUUGAACCUGGUACAAAAUCAAAAGUCCUGACUGAAGUGAUUUCAUCAUCUUUCAGAUGUGAUGAAGGAAAAUAAAUCUGGUUUUGCAUUAAAUUCUUCUGGAAAUGUUUUCAGAGACAUGUUGUGUCUCUGCUGAUCAAUGCUCUCAUCAGGAGCUGCUGACGUUCACGCUUCAUUAAUGUCCCCAAAAUAUUAAAUAUUCAAUCUGAUCGACGGAAAACAACUUUGCAUAGUCAUUUAUUGCUCAAUGCAACGCAGAUGAAGGUCCUUGAUGCUUGUCCUUAAAUGUAAACGGUUAUAAAGAUGAUUUAUCGUAUCGGAGGUUUAUCAUUUAACAGCCUGAAGUUAGAGCGUCUUGAGCGUCUUCACUGUCCCUGUAAGAGGUGAAAGUGGCACAAUAAUGACCUCUGUGUAUCUAAACCUCUGAUUAAACAACAUGACUCAUGAUUAAUAAUUAGCUUUUACA